CGUAGUUUAAUAUAGUCAAAGAACAAAAAUAGAAAGAAAAGAUGGAGAACAUUUAGUCAAUUUUCGAGACGAACUAAUACCAAGAAGGCUAGAUGAUCUCGGUGUAAUAACGCAGACAGAAUGUUUGAUAAUUUUAGAGAUCGUUUGCAAACAGUACAACAUGAUCUGACCCAAGGGUAAGAGUAAUUGUGAUUGUAUAGUUUUGCACGAGUUUUAGAAGAAGCCUAUGAUCAUUACUCGGUUUUGAUUUUAUCCUCCAUCAGCUGGAAAUCAAUCGCAGAUAAGGCCAAAGCUGUCAAUAAGAAAAUAGUAAGGUUAGUAUAUCAGUAUGUGGUGUUAAUUGUUAUUUUUGUGUAAGCUUUUACGUGUAUAUAACUGGAUAAUCAAGAUUAAUAUCCUUAACUGUAGCUACCUAAACCUGGGUAACCCUUUACACCCUAGCAUCAGUUCGUAUAUUUAAGAUAAUCUUCAUACAUUUCUAGUGAUGUUCACAAGGAUAGUUUUUAUAACAGUCGAUAGCGUCUUAAGAUGCCGAUCAUUUCCUUCACUCUCGUGACUUUUGUGUUAGGUUCAGGGCUGAUACUAUAAUGAGGACUUAGAUGUUAGUCUUAAGGUAUUGUGUAACAAUAAGCUUGAGUACAGAUAUCCUGUUUUAUUGAACAGAAGAACGACAUUCAUCACAGAUGAAGUAAUUGAAAGGUAGGUUCUCAAAUCGAGGUAUUUUCUUCAUGUUAAUUGCUCUACUUGAACACGGGUUAUUUCAUUGCAUACAUCUCUCGGUUAACAUGUUCUGGUCUCUCUGUUUCAUUGCAAUAAUUCUUAAUUGGUGAUUCGCGUGAUGUUAAAGUUGCAUACCUAUCUAAUUGAUUAAGUCUCUAGGUUUGAAUUUAGGCACCCACCCAACUCAACACCCCCUUCUACAUGAAAAAAAAAAACUCAGGUGCACACAUGAUAAUUGAUUAUCAUUUGUUUACUGGCUUACAAUCUUUGAAUUCCCUUUCUGUGCUAUAUCUUCACAUUUUAUUGUUAUUUAUUUUUUUAUUGUGAAAUAAACUUACUAUUUGUUAAAUACUUCAAUCAAGCACUUAGGGUGCUUGUUUGAAGAAAUAUGGUAAAUGUCAUGCCCAUGAAUUAAAUAUUGUAAGUUUUGCACAAAAAAUUAAGCACUUUAGAAAGAAAAAGAGCAAGAAACCACUAAGAGAAUUGUAAAUGAUGCAAAUUGCUGACAUACAGCAUGUAUGCUGACCCACUGAGCUUUUUUUAUUGUGCUAGCUUAGGAGAGCCCAAAGUGAUUUUAUUUAAAUAAUCAUUAUCAUUUUGUGGUUUUCCCUGAUCCAUAGUGAUGACCAGUGCUUUAGUUGUAACCUUGAGGCAGGUUCUGAAAUCCUAAGCAAGUAAGUGAUGACUAAGUGCCAGUAAUUAGUGGAGAAAAAUAGACCACUUCUAUUCCAGUUAAUAUGUAAUACAAUUUCAACAAAUCAGCGAUAGGUAAAACUUAAAAGUACAUUCUGCUUGGGAACUGAAAACUUUACACCCUAACAUCAGUAUCUACACACAUGUAUAUUCUUCCUACUCUUUUCCAGUCCUUUCCUUUGAUACUGACAGGGAGAAUUUGUUAACGAUCAAAGCUUCUUAGGUUGGCAAUCAUUUCCUUUAUCUUCAUAAUCUUAAUGAAUAAUUCAGUAGUAUUACUGUAAGGAGAUAUUACAUGGUAGUCACUAUCAGGGUUGAAAGGAUUAGGUAAAGAUGUUCUUGAGAUUUUUCUAUCAACUAAUUAUCCAGAAAAUUGUCAUUGAAAUGGUAUAGACAGUUGGAGGAAUGGCCACCAGAAAGAAGUGUCAUUUUCCCACUGCUGUCUUCAUCUAAAAAAGAUCUGAACAACAACAUGUACAUCUUGCAUAUUGAACAACAGCAUGUUACAUAUUGACACUCAGUGGUUGAGAUGUUCAUUUUUUAGUAUCAUACUGAAUUGGCUCAGGAAUAAAAUGUUUGACCAUAGAUUGAUAAAUUACAGAGAAAGAAAAAUAUGCUUUAGUUCUUUUUUUGGAAACUCUAAUACAUUUUUUUUUGUACUAAAAGCGAGCCAUGGUUAGCUGUUUUAAAAUUGUACUUUCAGUAUCAAUGUUCUCAUCUCAGUUUCAACACCUAUAACUUUGACUACACACAGCUUUAGGUUAAAUAUUUAAUUAUUGCUAAUUAAUAUGAAAUAUAAAUCAUUGCAAAAAUAAUGGGUAAACAUUUAUUAGGUUCCAAAAAGAAUGGGCAGAGCUUCAUGAAGCAUCUAGAGAAUGUGCAGAAAAAGCAGAGGUCAGUAAGCUUAAUUAACACCAUAGUAGGUUUUUUCUUGUCGUUCUGUCAGUUUUUUUCUUGUCAUUCAGAAUGUUUUACUUUUGUGUUGUUGUUGUUUUUGUCUAUUUUUAAAUUUUCUUUUUCUAGAGGUCUGAUCAGAGUAUUGCUGAGUUUUCCAAGAUAUGUUCCAAUUUAUACACCAACAUGAAUAUGUUCCACACAGAACUGGCUUUACUACCUGAAGUGAUAAAGAACAUUGAAACAGCCAAGGCAGAUAUAGGUAUACUUGAGUACAUGUAACAUGUAUGAAUAUUUGAGUACAUAUGUUUUCAUAGGAACAGUUGCAGCAAGGCUUUUAAUGCUAACUCUGAAAUUCUCAGAAAUCAAAAGCCAGUCACUCUUAGGGGUUGGCUACAGCCAGGCUAGAGACAGUUAGAGCAAUACAGCAUGAAGUGGUUUGGUACCAUGGGGUCUCAUUUCAUAAGUAGCAGAAUUAUACAGUGCUAUUGUGUUAUAUGCAUCCAGAAAGAGAACAGUUGCUAAAUUCAAUGAUAUGAUAAGUUAUAAAGCUUUUAUGGUAACUGUAACUAAUUAAUUCUUGGUCAUAGAAACCCAAAACAUACUGGUAAGUUACAAAAACAUGCCCUAUAUAAUGGUAUUCAUGUGCAAAUUUCAUUACAUCAUGUAGCUAUUCAUUGGCUUACAAGCUAUUUGGUGUGAUAUUGUUGUUAGAUGCCUUUGGUGGACAGAUAGAAGUGUUGGAUAACUUGAUGAUAGACUUGGAAGAGGUUUGUGAACAGCUGGACCUAGAGAGAAGGAAAGCUGCACAAGGACUCAAGCUUUCCAAGCUAAGACAUAACAGAGAGUAAGUUAAACAUAUAUUUCAUUCAGCAUGAAGUAGCAGUUGUUAAGAAUCAGUAAAUUGUCACAGCACAACCCCAUGGGACACUGGCAAAGCAAGCUACCCCAAAGAAGCCUUCAUUAUCUAUUCAUUACCAGUUCUCUGUAUGAUUUGAACAUUUCAGUGCGUAGCUUGCUAGCUUCAGUUAUGGUUUUUAUACCUUCCUCAAGCACUUUGGUGACUGUGGUGUUCUGUAUUAUAAACUGAAGUACACUUGUAGUCAUCCAUUAAUCUUGCAUACGACAGUAUCUUUGAUGAUUAAAAAUACCUAUAAUGUACUACUUACAUCCACUUAGUGUACAUGUAUCUUGUCUUACAUUUCUGUCACCUACAUCAGUUAUUCAUUUACCUUACUUUCUACCGCAAUUGAUUUUUCAGGGAUGAUUUAGAAACUCUUAGAGGUAAGAAAAUAUUCUUUGUCACUUUUAAACCCUUUGACCCCUAAGACUGCCAGUGUCUCAUUUCUCCUCACAAUAUGACCCCUGAGUCACACACCGAAGUCACUCAAAUAAAGGAAAUGAUCACCAAGCUAAGAAAGCUCUUGAUUAAUAAUCAAAUUCUCCUCAUCAUUACCCAAGGAAAUUUACAGGUAUAGAGAACAGUAUGGAGAAUAUGGGCGCUAGUGGUAGCUUGUGAUCUGGGUUAAUUAAUAACUUUCUUAGAGGCACAACCAGUUCUUCUAGUCAUAGUGCUUUCACAAUAGUGGGAGCAGAUUAAAAGAGAUUGUUGGUCCUACUUGUUUAAUUAUAUUGCUUUAAUUUCUCUGCAUGGUUUAUGAUUCAAACUAAGUGGAAAUGUAAGAUGGUUGUGAUAUCAUAGGAUAAAUCAUUUGAUACAUCAAAUGUGAUGAAAGUUGUCAUCAGAGUUCAGGAAGAGGUUAUACAAUUAUGGUAGUUUGUAAUCAUGAUUGCUCUUCAAAUUGUUUUAGAGGAGCUUCAAUUAGCCAAGGAAAGGAAUGAAGUUAAAAUACAGCAACUGGAGAGGCAAGCUUCCAUAGAAAAACGACAAGUCUAUGAAGAUGCCUUUCUUGAACAAAUGAACUACUACAUACAGCAUGGCAGAACGGAAGGUAUGAAAAAACAAAAUACAUGACCUUUAUUGAUUCUUACUUAACCCUCUAACUCCCAAAAUCUGAUUGUUGAUUCUCCCCUGUAGCUGCUACACAUUUCCUUGUAAAUCAGUUAUGAGAACAUGGUGCUAGAUCAAGAUAGCAGCUUCUACUUGAUAAGUUUGAAUAUUCUCAUUACCUGUUUGCUGAAGAAUGUCUGGAUAUUGUAGGGAGAAAUUUUAUGUUAAUCACUUCUGGGAGUUAAAGGGUUAACUGCUUGCAGUUAUAUGCCAAAAUAUCAUUCUUUUGCAUGUACAAAUGAUUAAAUGCAGGGUAGGCAAAUUUUAUGUAUGGUAAAUCCAAACAGUUUCACGAUCAGAUGUCACUAACCACUCUGAAAGUAAAAAGAGAAAGAUUGUCAGGCAAAAUAUUCCUGUGUAUUUAUUAAUAUCAAACCACUAAAGAUUUCUCUGAAACUCAGUAAACUGUGAAGACCAGAAAUAUUCACAAAAUGUUAUUGUCUUUUAGGGUAAAGGCUAAUCAGGGUGAGAAAGCAAAACUGCAAAUAGUGAUGGCUCUAAGUUUGUGAUUUUGAAGUUUGCUUGCAUUUCUGUUACCAUUGAGAUUGUUCAGGAUACAAUUGACCUUUACAAUCAAAUCAAAGUAUUCACAGUUUUCUAAGUCCCUUCAUAGUUUGUAAAGAACAAGUUUAUGAAAUUCACAAUUAACUUGAAGCCUGUCUGUCAACUAAUAAUUUUGCAUGUUAGAACCAAUCUGUUUGGUGCAUGGUCGGGGUAGCGGAUCUCUGGAUGAUAUCAUGUUAGAAGACAACAGUGAUAUGGAUAAGGAACUUGAUGAUUUCUUUGGCUCAGAAGCUGAGGUCAGUCAGUUUUUAAAACCCUUGAAUUUUAUUUAACAUGGGUGUCAUAGCCUUCACAAAGCAUGUCUUCUGUGAGUUAAUCCUUUCCCUCCCAGGAUCAAAACAUCCCUUCACUGCACUGUCUCUCAAAGAUUUCUCUUGUGUUUUAUUGUGAGAAUUUGGUGCCAAAUCAAACAAUGCCCUGUAAUUAAAAUUUUUUGUCUUCUCAUCACCUCUCUACUUCAAAAUGAAUUGAUAAUUUAAAAGGAAAUUCCUAUUUAGUCACUCAUAUGAGGUCAACAUUUGAGGUUUAGUUAAAACUGUGUGAGAUACAUUCCUUUUAUAUAUUUUACAUAUAUAAUUUGGCUUUUUUUCAUUCAGUCAAGUGAUUGCUAAACAACAACAAAAAUCAAAUUAGUCUUAAAAAUUUGAUAAAAAAGUGAAGGGAAACCUUUGAUAAAGCAAAAGACUGAAAUGAAUUCUUAAUAAUUAAUUAAGACAAGUGAUGUACCUGGAGGUAUGGACAAAGACCAAACAUUUGUUGGACUGUCUUCCGAGGAUGAAGAACUACUUAAUCAGAAGUUACCUGAAGUCAGUGCCACCUCAAGAACUGAACAAGAAGCAGAGAAAAAGGUAGUGUACUUGGUAAAGUUGAUAGGCCCUCUGCAGGACUUGUUAGCCAUAAAAAUAAUUAUGGUUUAG